UCAACGCGGAACGGACAAGGGUUGGGGACAUGCUUUCCCCUUUUGUUCCAGGGCACAAUUGUUUCUUCCAGGACUUUAUUAUUACUCUCUGCCAAUUAUUCUGAAAACCCUUUUUUCUUUGGGGAAAAGGUUCUCUCGAAAGGGCAAAGGAAGGGAAGAGAUAAGCAGGGGAAAUACUUGGUAAGGGAAAGAGAUAGCGCGGGGUGAUCUGAUAAGCCGGGGAUUCGGUCGGAGAACUGGUAGCGGACCGCGUUAUUGUCGUUGCUGGAGGACGCAAAUUACCUUUAUCUCGUGUACACUUGGGCGAAAACGAGGGAGAGGAAGAGAAAGAGAUAGCGAUUGUCGAGAGCUUUUGGAGGGGUUCUACGGACAGCAUAUCUUGCCGUUCAUCGGGUAGUGGAGUCGCAUUCGCUUGUCCCCUCAAGUUGGAAGAGCAUUCGUGGAAAAUGACGUACGCGGAGGAAGUCGAGGUCAGGGACGAGGCGCAGGGGCUGAAGAGGACGUUGAAGGAUUUGUUUGCUGGGGCGGUGGGGGGUGUGGCGCAGGUUUUGCUGGGACAGCCUUUUGACAUCGUCAAAGUCCGGUUACAAACCACAUCCCAGUACUCCAAUGCCCUGGACGCCGCCUCCAAAAUCUACAAAAACGAAGGCCCCCUGGCCUUCUACAAAGGCACAUUGACGCCCCUCGUCGGCAUCGGCGCCUGCGUCUCCGUCCAAUUCGGCGCCUUCCACUACGCCCGCCGCGCCUUCGAAGCCCGCAACACCGCCUCGGGCGCCCCCGCCCACCUCUCCUACGCCCAAUACUACGCCGCCGGCGCCUUCGCCGGUCUCGCCAACACAGUCCUCUCCUCGCCCAUCGAGCACAUCCGCAUCCGCCUGCAGACGCAACCGCACGGCGCCGCACGCCUGUACAACGGGCCCGUCGACUGCGUGCGCAAACUGGCCUCGCACGCGGGCGUCUUCCGCGGCGUGUACCGCGGCACGGCGGUGACGUGGCUGCGCGAAGCCCAGGCGUACGGCGUGUGGUUCACGACGUUUGAGUUUCUGAUGAACAGCGACGCGCGGCGCAACCGUAUCAGGCGCGAGGACAUUUCGACGCUCAAGGUUGCGCUGUACGGUGGGCUGGCGGGCGAGGCGCUCUGGAUCGCGAGUUAUCCAUUCGAUGUCGUCAAGAGCAAGAUGCAGAGUGAUGGGUUUGGGGCAGGGCAGCGGUAUAAGAGUAUGAGGGAUUGUUUUCGGCAGACGUGGAAGGGAGAGGGCGUGAGGGGGUUUUGGAAGGGGUUGGGCCCGACGCUGUUGAGGGCGAUGCCGGUUAGUGCGGGGACGUUUGCGACGGUCGAGUUGACUAUGAGGUUGAUUAACUGAGAGGCUGGGUGGAUUUAGGGGGGUGAAGGGAGUCGAUUGUAUUGCCCACGCAGAAACGACAUUCAACAAUCACGGUCUUGGGGUGACGGCUAUGGCGUCGACGGCAUGGUGGGGAUAUCUGGAACGAGUGUCUUCAUCUCAUCAUGAGGAUUCGGCUGACAACGAAGGAUAUAUUCUGAGUAGACUUGGCAGCAUAGAGGAAAGACAUCUAACCAUCAUCAGAGUUUGCAUUGAGACCGUUCCAUAAAGGCGGUUUCAGGUAUAUCGUUCGACUCGUCCGCUUCUCCCUGCUCAUUGCUCCAAC